UCCGAGCCGCAGCUUUCCCUCCCUCCCUCUCCCGCCCGUGGCCGGUCCCCUCCCUUGUGCAGGUCUCAGCCGGCCUCCGCCCCGUUUCCCUCCCUCUUUCCCUUCUUGCCUCCGCCAUUUUGUGGCCGAACGCUGCCUGCGGAGGACCGGCGCCGCGGCGGAGCCUUCCACCUCCCCCUUCGCCCUCUUGCGCUCCCGCUCCCAGCGGCGCCUAGCCCCGGCCCGGCCCGCGCAGCCAUGUCGUCCAGUGCUAGCCCAGAGUACGCCUCCUUCUUCGCCGUGAUGGGCGCCUCGGCUGCCAUGGUCUUCAGCGCCUUGGGAGCUGCCUAUGGCACAGCAAAAAGUGGCACAGGUAUUGCAGCCAUGUCGGUGAUGAGGCCUGAGCUGAUCAUGAAGUCCAUCAUCCCUGUGGUCAUGGCAGGGAUCAUAGCAAUCUACGGCCUGGUAGUGGCAGUGCUCAUUGCCAAUGCCCUCUCACCUUCCAUCACACUAUUCAAGUAAGUCCUUCUC